AGGCAUAGCCUAAAAGAUAAAUACAUCAAAUUUUUUGUGCAGUGAAUAUAGGCAACAACAAAAUAAGUGAAAAUUUCAUCACGAUUGUGUUAAAAGCAAAAUAUCAACAAACAUUCGUGUUGAACUACAUAUAUUAAUAUUCUGACCGAUCAAUCGCGGUCAAUUUCUACCAUCAACCAACCAAUGAAGUAACUGAACUUCCCAUAAGUUUACUCAUGCACACACACACAAACGCUACAGAGCGUGAUCAAUUGUAAUUAGCACCUUUGCGACAGCAGCAAAAGAAGUUUGGAUGCCAGCACUCUGUGCAGCGCCAAAUUCUUGCAGGCACAUCAUAUCUGCUUCACCAAUGCUGGAGUAGGCAUUUACUUUCGAGAAUUCUUGCAGAACACACAUUCGGUUUAGUCGUUCUCUCGGCUUUGUUAGUGAUUUUGUGGCUAUAAGUGCACAAAAGAAUAUAACAUUGAAAAAAAUAUUAACAUUUGCGAACUGUGUAAAAUAUAUACCAAAACGAAGUGAUAAAACAAUUAUUCAUUUAAAAUUUUAGUAUAUUUUGCAAAAAUGACGUUCGUCUCUGUAAUCGCCGGAGUGAUAACGCUGGGCAUUAUCGGUUAUGUUAUAUGUAAGGAUAUUGAUGAGUAUCCCAGAGAAUUAUCAUUUCAAAAUUCAUUAGAGACACCAGUUGAAACAUUGAUGUCCACCAAUGAAAUACUUCAAAAUCAUUCACAUUCGAGAUCUCCUAGAUGUGAGUAUGUGUACGCGAGUGUUAACCAGUACCAUUCGUUUCUAAAGCCAGCUCACGCAUGUAAAAUACAUACACAAAUUCAUUUGCAUAGAUUUACAAUUCACUUUAUUAUAUAAUUUACAAACGCUGCAUUCAUCAUCCUCAUCCUGUGUAACAUUAGUCUAAAUGCAUAUAUGUACAUACAUAUAUAUCCAUUAACAUAUUAAGUUUUCCUAUAAAUUUAAAAAACUCUUCCAAAAACUGUUGUCAGUUGAACAUUAUCUCCUCUUGUGGUCAUUACUCCAUUUCCGGUCAUUCCAUGUACAGCCUCUCCCGUGUGUGAGAGUACAUAUGGUGCAUAUGUAUAUGUAAAUUAUGCGCAAUUCAUCCAGAAGUGCUAACUACAUACCAUAAGUGUGACCUAAUUUUACUUUUUUUAGAUCAGCAUGUAUUUAUAACAAUUAUUAUCCCACGCAUUGACAAUUAAUUAAACAAACAAAUGUGUACAUACCUACUUAAGUGUCAAAAUAUAGCGGUUUUAAACUGUGCAACAGUUUUUAAAACAUAAAAGUGAAAUGUUCCCUGUCGCAUACUAUAAGGAACCAGAGCGCAUGCCUACAUCAAUAACAUUAUGAAAUCAGGAAACAGUUUUCAGUGAAUUAUUUGGUAAUUUUUGCAAGUUACAGUGUACGGCAUACUUUUAGGAUUUUUCAAUUAGAUAUUGGGUUUCCCUUCUACACAAUUGGACGCUUUCCCAAUGAUGGUCUGCGUGGGCGCCAAUCAGCUGGCUGGCACCUGUGUGGUGCGAGGCGAAUGCAGUGAUAACGGUGGUGUGGCGGCUGGCACUUGCAGCACCAUUACAACACAAGCUGUGUGUUGUAUAUAUCAACUGGGUUGCGGCUCCUCAACAAGUUACAACAAUACAUAUUUCUACAAUUCCGGUUACCCAGGCACUUACGCCGGUGGCGGACGUUGCACAAUUGUUGUCUCGAAAUGCGAUAGUAACAUCUGUCAACUACGCAUUGACUUCCUGUCGCUGUCGAUUGCGCCGCCGAACGGUGAUGGUUAUUGUCUAACGGACACCCUAACUAUAACGGGUGGAUCGAGGGUGCCCACAAUCUGUGGUGAGAAUAGUGGCCAGCAUGUGUAUGUGGAUUUCAAUGGCGACUCGCCGAUCACUAUUUCCGUCGCCACAUCCGGUGACUACACAUUCAAUCGCCAAUGGCAAUUUCAAAUCGCACAACUCGCCUGCGCAUCUGCCACUCAAGCGCCGUCGGGUUGUCUGCAAUACUACAUGGAUUCCAGUGGAACAGUGUCGAGCUUCAAUUACGACUCAGCUGCUAACUCGCUCGCAAAUUCAAUUGGUGUGGCAGGCACGCGGCAAAUCGCCAAUCAGCAGUAUGGCAUUUGUGUGCGCAUGGGUGCAGGUAUUUGUUCAAUUACGUGGAGUCAAGUGAGCUCCGAUGCAUAUUCGUUUACGUUAACCAAUGAUGUGGGCGUUAUUGAUCCAUCGCUGCUCGGCACAUCAACGGUACAAAGUCAAGACUGUACAACUGAUUUCAUUAUCAUACCAAAUCCGACGCAAAACGGGGCGGCACUGGCUAGCGAUCGUUUCUGCGGACUCGGUUUGGUGAGUACAACCAGCGCGACGAAACCUUUUGUGCUUUACUCGGUGACGGACGGAAAUGAGGAUUUGGAUAUGUCGAAUCGAGGCUUUCAUUUAUCAUACUCUCAAAAUUCGUGCCCUGUAGUUUAACGCCACUAAGCACAACUUACUAAACUUAAGGCUUAAAUUAAAAUUACUUAGGAAUAUCUACGAGAAUAAAUGUGUGAUUUAUAAUUCAGUGUUUUAUCAA